AUGAAUUUUUUACAUUUUGCAAAUAAAACUUUGUUGAAUAAUAAUUUUAAGAUUUACUUCAUGCCGAUGAAUUUUACGGAUCACUGCAACGAUAUGCCACCAGAAAUCCAUAUAGGUGUUACUUCGUGCAGUCAUUCUCUAUGUGUGACAGUUGUUGAGCCUCGCAUUUUAGCAGGACAUCAUAUAGGAAACAAUGUCAUCCGUGGAUGCUUUUCUUCUGUGUUUAAAUAUGCUCACGCACCUUCUACCAAAGAUUCUCCUAUUUCAGAUACGUUAUGUAGCAGAAUGCCAGCGUACAAGUUAUUACCACCACAUUUAGCUAAACGUGCUUCGAAUCGAACUGUUGAGUUAUGCUGGUGUAUCGGACAAUUAUGCAAUGAUUACCCCUCAGCUGAAUCAAGAACCAACAUGUUGCUACCGAUUUCUCUGCCAUACUAUUUUUUGUUGUCAUAUGUAAUGCUGUUUUUGAAUUAUAAAUUUUCAGCUAAUUAA